UCUAAUUAUUUCCAGCUCUUAAACAGUUACAGAUUUCAGACUAGGGUUGAACACCACUGGAUUACUGUAUCUAUCUGUCCUGGCUCCUCAUUUCUCCACAACCAUUGGACAGUUUCCGCUAGCAAAAAUCCUUCGGCAACAGGACAAUAAAACAUGCAAAUUCACUUUGUAAGAAGACUCAAGUCACACAAGGGUCACAGACAAGCCUCUAUUGUAAACCUGGUGUGUGACAGACAAAGUCAUGCCUGAUUUGUUAUUAAAUGAACACGCUGAAAGACACACCAGACUAAACAAACAAUUGUGAACCAAUAACAAGGUAUGGCGGAUCAACAAACGAACGUCUUAAUAUUGAGUAACGUUUUUUAAAGACGUAGUAAUAGGCAUUAUACUUUGAAAAUACUCAAACUCACAUGCAACUUCAGUUCAAUUUGCACUGCCUGAUAGAUUUCUAUUAUUAACCUACAACCACCCGACUGCUACAACAACCACCAACAAAAACACGCCGAGUAGAAACCAGACUUCAACGGGAGAGGAAAUAAAAGCUUCCGGACACACACAAAACAAACUGGCCUUCUGAUUAAUUAGAGCUCAGUGUGUUGAAACUGCAACUUUCAUUAUCAGCAGACAUCCGCAUUAGGUUCAGAUGCAAUAACACAAAUAAAAAAAUAAAAUAUAAUAUAAUAAAUCACUGCACAUGAAAGUUAAACCAACUAUGUAUUUGUAUCCGUGUGUUAUUGUUGUCUUGCGGUUGUGGGCACCUAGGUAUCCAGCUUGAUCGAAAAAUGUACAAUAAAAUAACCCUAAAUAGUACUGUCGCCCCCAUAAGAAGUGCAGAGUUACAGCGGGAGCAUGUCGGAUACGGCACUGGAAGGAGUGCGCAUCCCGGGGGCGCAAGGAUGCCUGAACUCCCAAGCCGACGAUGUAGAGCUGCCCGACCUUGACUCAGUAGAGGAGGGGGAACUGUUGAGAUACUUCACAAGCAUGAAUGGAAACAGCAGCCUCUCCAGCGUCGCCCAUGCUGGGCGUAUCAAGUGUGAGCCAGGUUUGGAAGAGUGGAGUAAGGAGGACUGUCUGACCCUCUUAGACCGGAUCCGCACCCUGCUGCCUAACGUGGAUGCCAUGAAGUACAAGACCACCGAGUCACACUUCGACUGGGAGAAGGUCUGCUUCGGGCCCUUCACUGGGGACAUGUGCAAGCAGAAAUGGCAGAAGGUCUCUUCCGAGGUGAGGAAGUACCGAACCAUGACCGAACUCCUUAUCGACGCCAUGGAGUAUGUGAAGAACCCCUAUAAAGGCAAGAAGCUCAAGACCCAUCCAGACUUCCCCAAGAAGCCUCUGACGCCGUACUUUCGGUUUUUCAUGGAGAAACGAGCAAAGUAUGCAAAGAUCCAUCCAGAGAUGAGCAACCUGGACCUCACCAAGAUCCUGUCCAAGAAGUACAAGGAGCUGCCUGAGAAGAAGAAGUUGAAGUACAUUCAGGAGUUUCAGAGGGAGAAGGAGUCAUUUGAAAAGAACAUGGCCAGAUUCAAGGAUACUUACCCUGAUCUGAUUGAGGAGAGGAAGACGUCUGAUGUCCCGGAGAAGCCCAAGACACCACAGCAGCUCUGGUACAACCAUGAGAAGAAGACCUACCUGAAGCUGCACCCCGAUGUAAGCCCGAAGGAGCUGAAGGACGCUCUGAGGCGGCAGUGGUCUCAGCUCUCCGAUAAGAAGCGACUCAAGUGGAUCAGCAAGGCGCUGGAGCUGCAGAAGGACUUUGAGGCGACUAUGAGGGAGUACCACGAGGCUCACCCCGAGACCAACCAGGACGAGCACGUCAAGUCUGUCCUGACCAAGGCAGAGCGGCAGCUCAAAGACAAGUUUGACGGCCGGCCAACUAAACCUCCUCCGAAUGGGUACUCCUUGUACUGUGCUGAGCUCAUGAUCACAAUGAAAGAUGUCCCCAGCACGGAGCGCAUGGUGCUCUGCAGCAAGCAAUGGAAGAUCAUGACUCAGAAAGAGAAGGACAUGUUCCAGAAGCGGUGUGAGCAGAAAAAGAAACAGUAUGAAAUCGACCUGCAGAGAUUCCUGGAGAGCCUGCCAGAGGAGGAGAGGGACCGGGUGCUGACGGAAGAAAAGCUGGGGGGCUCCAGAAUGUUGCUUGGAAACUCUGCCAGCCCCCUGCGAGGCAAAUCCACAACUACCAAGAUGAAGUUGAGCGAUGUGGACCGGACACGUGCAGACCAGGAGCAGAGGGCGCAGAGCCUCCUGAAGGAGAAGCGUGACAGCAAGAGGAAGGUGCGCCUACCCGAGACCCCCAAGACCGCCGAUGAGAUGUGGCAGCAGAGCGUCAUUGGGGACUACCUGGCCAAGUACCGGAACGAUCGGAAGAAGGCUCAGUCUGCCAUGGAAUCUGCCUGGAAAGCCAUGGAGAAGAAGGAGAAAAUUCCCUGGAUUAAAAAGGCAGCCGAGGACCAGAAGAGAUAUGAGAGAGAGCUGAUGGAGGUAAUGACACCACUGUCGGCCCAAACCCAGAGGAAACCCAAAUUCGACGGAGAGCCAAAGAAACCCCCCGUGAGCGGCUACCAGAUGUUCUCUCAGGAGCUGCUGACUAACGGGGAGCUGAACCACUUCAACCUGAAGGAGCGCAUGGUGGAGAUCGGCAAGCGCUGGCACAAACUCAACCAGAACCAGAAAGACAAGUACAAGAAGCUGGUGGAAGAGCAGCAGAUAGAGUACAAGGCUGAACUUGAGGCCUGGGUCAAGUCUCUUUCACCUCAAGAACGGGCCAUUUACAAGGAAUUCUCUGCAGUGAAGCGACGGAACUCCUCCAAGGCAGGCGGGCCAGCUGCCAAAGUGCUGGUGACUGGGAGGGGCAAGGCGGUAGUCGGAGCCAGAGCUCCAGGACUGGGGACUGGAGAGGGCAAGAAAGCGGUAGCAUACAGGGCACAGGAUACGUCUGACUCGGAGGAAGAGGAAGAAGAGAAAUCUAACACUUCUGAUUCUGAGGAGGAAGAGGACUCAACCGGCAGCUCAGACAGCGAUGAGGAGGAAGACGAGAACGAUGAAGACGAUGAGGAGGAAGAUGAUGACAAUGAGGAUGAAGGCGACCAAUCAGAAGCCAGCAGUAGCUCAUCUUCAGAGGACAGCUCAGACUCGGAUUCUGAUUAACCCCUGGUGUUCCGCAGAGCGCGGGGGACUGUGCAGGACACAUUGGGAACCCCGCCUCCCCCCUGCCAGAGACGCUGUUACUGCCUGGCUCCCUGGGGGUGGUGGUGUUGUAACCUGACUCUCGUUGCCCUCUUUACCCUUGCCCCCUUUUUGGACUGUUAGUGUUUGGCCGCGGGCCGGCGGGGGCCCCAGGGCACGGGUUUUGAAGACUUUGUUUUCUUCAAUUUCUGUUUUAAGGACACGUUUGUGUGUUUUGUUGUUUUUUUUGUUGUUUUUUUUGUAUUAACUUCUUAGAUGUGCUUUAUGGAAACUUAAAAGAAACCAGCCAUUGAUGACCAGUUCUAGCUACUUCCUGUUUUUUUUUUCCCCACAAAUGUUAAUAUUUUAUGCUGGGAAAUUUAAGGAUGAAUGAAAGACCCAAGGGGUAAUUCCGGCCUAUUUGGUGUGUUUGUUUUGUUAAUAGUUUUAAUAAAGUGCAGCCUAUACCCA